ACGACAAAAUUCGUUAUAAAAAAAAAAAUUUUUUGUUUUAGAAAAGUAAAGUGUUUACGCAUAUUUUCAAUCACCGUUUUCAUAAAAAAAAAAUUCAUUUUAACUCGACCUUUUCAUUCGUUGUUUUUUUUUGUGUGUGAAAAUAAACAAAAUUAUGGAAGCCAACAGUAAAAUUAUUGAUGAACUGAAAGCAAGCGUCACUUCAAAACUCAAAGAACUUGAUCCGGACAAUACUAAUCUGGGAGGUUCAUUAAUCGAUUACAUAAUUGUUAUGGUUAUAAAUCAAAAAAAUAAAUAUGAAAUGAAACAUAAUUUAGCAUUGUUUUUGGGAAAAAUUUCGGAUGAUUUUGUUAAUUGGUUAUUCGAACAUCUGUCCAGAUUAAAACAACAACAACAACAACAAUUGACCAGCGAUGAUUCUGGUGUUGAUAUUGUACAAAAUUUGGAAAAAAAAUCUGAGAAAAAAGAUAAAAAAUCAUCAACGAAAAAAGAGGAUAAAUUGAAAAAAACCAUCGAACAUCAACAACAACAAAAAGAUAAAAAGAAAGAAACGAUAUCGAAUAAAAGAAAAAUUGCGGCCAAAUCGACAACAACUGAAGAAUCAUCAUCAUCAUCGAAACAACAACGUUUACCAAAGAAAAAAUUAAAAUCGGCUGUUGUUAAUCUUGAUGCUGAAAAUCUUCAUGAUGGUGAUGAAGAAAAUAAUGAAAAUGAUGAUCAUCAUCGAAUUCAAUCACAGAAUCGUAAACGAGCAAAGUCGGACGAUAAUAAUUUAACCGUCAACAAUGAUAAACCAGAACAACCGCAAAAUUUGGAAAAACCUCUGGUUUCAAAAAAUGUCUUGGAAAAGUGUCCAUCAACGAUUGCCAAAGCGAAUGAUAACGAUAAAAUUGAUCAGGUUUUGAAUGAAAAAUCGAUUGAAUCGAAUGCUGAUGUUGUUAAAAAUUCAGCGACUAUGACGAUGAUGACUACGAAGACGACUGCGUCGAUCGAAAACAGCAACAACAAGAUUCAAACGAAAUUCUUUGUAACAUUGGAUGGUGUUAAAAAUAUGUUUAAAGUUGCUACUGCUGCUACUGAUGUUGAUGAUGAUGAUUUAUUUUUGAUGGAUGAAGAACUGGAUCCUGAACUUAUGAAUGAAGAUUUUUCAAAUAUAUCGGAUCAAUUUGUAAUGAAUAAUAAAAAAGAAAAAUAUAAAGAUUUAGGUUCGAUGAUGAUGAAUAAUAAUAAUAAUAAAUUUGAACGUUGUCGUUAUUGGCCAUCAUGUAUGAAUGGUAAUAAAUGUGAUUAUUAUCAUCCAAUUAUUAAAUGCAAUAUGUUUCCACAUUGUCGUUUUGGUGAUAAAUGUCUUUAUAUACAUCCAAUUUGUAAAUAUGAUUCGGUUUGUUCACGUAAAGAUUGUCCAUUUUUUCAUACAUAUGUGGCCAAUAUGAAACGUAAUCAAUUAAUAAAUCCAACAGUAGUGAAUGUUAUUUGUAAAUAUUUUCCAAAAUGUGCAAAUCCAAAUUGUGAAUUUAUUCAUCCAAAAAUUAUUUGCCAUUAUGGAUCAACUUGUAAAACAUUUAAUUGUCCUUAUGUACAUCCAAAUAAUCCAAAUCAAAUACCUCAUCCAUCACAAUUAAAAUGGUCAUCAGAAAUGGGUGGUAUUGGUGGUGGUGGACAUGAUAAUCUUAUUAUUAAACAAAAACAAAGAAAACAACCGAUUGAAAUUUGAAAUCGAAAAAAAAAUCAACCAACCUUUGGAUGUUGAUUCAUUUCAUUUUA